AGAGGAAGUGCCCGACCAGGCUGGCCCAGCUUAGGGUGCACACAGACUCUCCUGGGCCGGCUGAGCGCGGUCGGUUCCGGGUCCGGUGACUCGCGUGACAAGCGUCGCCGGGUGCGCAGAGGAAGGAUCUGCCCUGACAGCCUGGUGGAAGAUUCCCGGUGCCCAUGGCGGGCGAGGGAUUCGGGCAGCCGGGGACGACAGCCACCCCGGCGCCCGAGACCCGAGAGCACCUCUUCAAGGUGCUGGUCAUCGGCGAGCUCGGCGUGGGCAAGACCAGCAUCAUCAAGCGCUAUGUGCACCAGCUCUUCUCCCAACACUACCGGGCCACCAUCGGGGUAGACUUCGCCCUCAAGGUCCUCAACUGGGACAGCAGGACGCUCGUGCGCCUGCAGCUGUGGGACAUCGCGGGGCAGGAGCGCUUUGGGAACAUGACCCGAGUAUACUACAAGGAAGCUCUUGGAGCAUUUGUUGUCUUUGAUCUCUCAAGAGGUUCCACAUUUGAGGCCGUCUUAAAAUGGAAAAGUGAUCUGGAUAGCAAGGUCCAUCUCCCCAAUGGCAGCCCCAUUCCUGCUGUCCUCCUAGCUAACAAAUGUGACCAGAAGAAGGAUGGCGCCCAAAGUCCUUCCCAGAUGGACCAGUUCUGUAAAGACCACGGCUUCACUGGAUGGUUUGAAACCUCUGCCAAGGAUAAUAUAAACAUCGACGAGGCCACCCGGUUCCUAGUGGAAAACAUCCUUGCGAACCAGCAGAGCUUUCCCAGUGAAGAAAACGACAUGGACAAAAUUAAACUGACCGAUGAGCCCCUCCCAACAAAGGCCAGGUCCCAGUGCUGCUGAUGUGUCCCAGCAUUGGCUGCACUAUGCUCACGGUGCCUCUGUCCCUUGUAAGUCUCCCCCAGGCAUGCUUUACCGUCUGGCUGCACAGGAACGACUCCUGUGAAGGUGGAGAUCCGUGGAGAACUGGUCCCUCUAGAGGCCCUGUGACCAGAGGAACCCUAGGCUCUUUCUGUACUGCCAAAUAGAGACUAAUGUUUACAUCCUUUGAAACAUUAUUGGACAUGGAUUUCAAGUGUUAGCUUUUAGUGUAAGAACCGAAAUAGUAGGAAGACUUCCCACGGUGUUCCUGACAUUUUGAGUGUCUUUGUUCCUGUGUUCAUCCUCAUCUAACCCCUAUUUUUUUCUUAUUUUCUACGAAAAAAAAUUCUUCUUCUCUUCUUUCUGUUAGCUACAUAGAAUUGAAGAUCCCAUGCAGUUAUUUCCUAGUCAAAACUCUGUACUUCUUGUAAAACAUUUGUCAUUAAAUACCGAGUCUAAGCUGGGCUGGGUGGUAGUGGUGCUCAACUUUAAUCCUAGCACUUGGGAAGCAAAGGUGGACUAUCUCUUUGAAUUUGAGGCCAACAUGAUCUACAAAGCAAGUUCUAGGACAGCUAGUACUGUUACACAGAGAAACCCUGUCUGGAAAAAACAAACAAAAAACAAACAAAUAAACAAACAAAAUGUGAUUGUAAAACUCAUAGGUGGCGUAUAAUGAAGUUGUUCUGAAACAUCUUGAGAUUCCCUUCCCUAACUAAUCAAAAAGUACUGAGCUGGAGGUAUGGCCCAAUGAUAGAGUGCUCGCCUAGAAUGUUACAGACCCUAGGUCUGCAGGGAGGAAAGUGCUUGCUCCACGGAUGUAUUAUGGGUGUCUCCCUCUGGAUCCUCUCAGAUGUACUUGUACUUGUUACUUAGAAACAAUAUAAAGGAGCAUUCCUUCUCUGCCCGGCAUUCUGUGUUAGAACCUAGAGCUAUUGAAGGCCCAGCCAUAGUAUAUGGAACUUGCCUUUCCAGAUCUCUCCUCAUAAUGGUCAGGGGGAGAAUUUUUUCCAAAGUGUAUGCAGUUAUACCCAAGUUUCUCGAGUAUGAAACCUGAAAGAAAGCAAACCAUGUAUCUAAUGGUUUUUGUCUACGGUUACAGACACCGACUGUAUAAUGCCUAAGACACGUUAGGCAGAUCUACAGUGUUUGAGUUACACUUAACUCAGUGAAAGCAAAGAAUAAAUAUUUUAACCUAAGCCUGUGAGUUGAGUGAAUGUAUUUCUAGGAAGGCACUUUCUUGUUUAAUAAAAUGUUGUGUUUGACUGGGCUGUUGGCCCACAUCUGUAGUUCUAGCAUGCAGGAGACAGAGGCAAAUAGGUAGAAUUCAAGGCAUAUAUUGACUACACAGCAAGCUCAAGGACAGCCUGGGCUACACAAGAUCCUUUCUCCAAAAGGAAAAAAAAAGUCUUAAAAAUUGUAUUCUGUGAAUUUUCUAGAUUUAGCUGCUUUAUUUGUGUGUUCUUUGGCUGCAUUUGUUCCUAUGUGUGGGGUGUGUGUGUGCGCGCGCGUGCGCGUGUGUGUGCGCGCGUGCGCGUGUGUGUGCGUGCGCGCGCGCGUGUGUGCGUGCGUGCGCGCGCGCGUGUGUGUGUGUGUGUGUGUGUGUGUGUGUCGAUGAUGGGAGCCCAACCCACAUCCUCUGCAAAGGCAACAAGUGUUUUACUCACUGAGCCACCUCUUGAUUUUUAUUUUAAAGCACUUAUCACAUAAUGCAAAAAAGUUUAGCUCCUUUAAAGAAAUUUAAAGAACCUUUGUGUCAUAGCUUAAAGCUGAAACAAAUGAAACACUGGACGUAUUUGUCUCUUGAAACAUGUGAACAUGGUAGGUGAACACGCUGCCAUAAUAACAAGAAAAACAGAAAUGCUAUCAUCUGGCAUCUCUGUCCUGAGAAUAAAGGAGUCACAGGCUCUUUUUUCACUAAACUCAAGCCUUACCUUAAUGUGGCUAAGUGCUAUAUAUUCAAGUAAUGAGAUCAAUCAUUUUAACCCUUUGGACAAGGACAAGGAUAACAGGGUUUGAUUAAUGUGUAUAAUUUAAUGCAAUCCCUUUGAUUUUGUCAUGGUUAAAUCUUUCUUUCUAAGAAAUACAUAUCACCCAAGUGUAAAAUACAGCUUUAUAACGGUUGAUAUUUCACAGUCUGUGAAGAAUCUAUAAGGUGUUGCUAUCAAACCCCAAAUGAUGGAAACAUCAAGUCUAUCCUAAAUAAAUACUGAAAGUGACUGAAGUCACUUGAAAGUUUUUGUGUGUGAUACGAUAUUAAUUUUUACAAAUAGUCUAUCACAUUUAAGUUCUUUAGCAGUGGUCUUGAUACUCAAUUUGUUCAUCUUUACAGUGUUGGUUUAUUUACAGUAUUCAUCCAGGACAGAUCCUGACAAAACUGAUUUCUGUUAUGUAAUGUGAGACACUUUAUACUAUGUACUGUUCACAUUUCAGAGAAAGAAUUGUUAAUCUUUUGCCUUAAUCUUAAACUCUUUAAUGUUUUGUAACUUUAGCAUAAAAUUUGCAUGGAGGCUAAAUGACAUAAAAAAGACUAAAUGAAAGAAAAGAAUUCUAUGUUCCCUUCAUUCACUUUAAAAAGCAGUUAUACAUUUAAACAUAUACCCUCUCUCAGACACUGGUGUAAAGUAACCUAUUAAAAGAUGUAUCAAGAUGUU